UGACAAAAGGAAUUACUUCUAAUUAAUGAAUACCCUUAAUUUUAUUUGUAUUUAAUAUUGGAGCUGAUUCUAACUGCAUUAUUACACCAAAAAUUAUGUUUUACGUCUCAUUGUCAUAUUUAUUUAUUUAAUUUCACUAGAUCUUUAUAACCUAUCGAUAGGCGAUUCAAGAUAAUUAAUGAACGGUCUACAUAAGAACCCAAAAGGACGUGAUAAUUUUUAAAUGAUGACAUAGCAAUAGUCUACUUAGUACAAUAAAGAAUAUACAUAAAGACAUAAUGGAACUUAACAAUGAUGAAGGAUUAUCUCUGGAGAAUAAGCACAAAAAGGAAAGAAAAGAGUUACAAGCCAAAAUUCAAGGACUAAAAAAGUCCGCAAAAAAUGACAAAUCUAAAAAAAAAGAAGUUAGUGCUGAAAUAGCCAGGUUAGAAGCUGAUUUAGAAACUCGCCAUAAAAAUGAAAUUGAAAAUAUUCAAGAGAUUAACUUAAAAGAAACUGACAUCGUAGAACCUGAUGUCAUAGUAAACAAUACAGUAAAUAAGGUAUCAAAAGCUCAAAAACGCAGAGAUAAAAAGUUACUGGAGGAUAGGGAUAGAGAAGAAAGAAUUAAGUUACAAGAGAAAGAAAAUGAACAUGGACCUAGAAAUACAGAACUACAGUGUAUAAAUUCGAAAUUAAAAGAGAGGAAUCUAUCUAUAUAUAAAAUUGCCUCGGAUGGUGACUGUUUGUACAAAGCUAUCUCUCAUCAGUUGAAAACAGUCCGGGAUAUUGCAUUAGAUGUUGAAGAGCUAAGGCAAAAGGCAGCACAAUAUAUGAGGAUAAAUAAAGACGAGUUCAUGCCUUUCCUAAGUCACCCUGACACUUUUGAUAUGUUAACAGAUAUUGAGUUUGAUGAUUAUUGUGAUAAAAUCACAAAUACUAAAGUUUGGGGUGGACAGUUGGAAGUGAGAGCAUUAUCUAACUGCCUGAAGUGUCCUAUCACUAUAAUACAAGCAACAGGGCCGGAUGCCAUCGAACAAGGACUUGAAUUUGAUGGGCCUCCUUUAAUAAUAGCUUAUCACAGACAUAUGUAUAGUCUGGGUGAGCAUUAUAAUUCUACACAGGCUGUGAUUCAAGAUGAACCAAAAUAAAAUUAAAUAAAACAAUUUUAAAUUAA